AUGGCUAAGAUGUUUGGUUUCGGAUCCCGAAACGAGUUCAAUGUCGAGGGGCAGACUGUGGUAAUCACCGGUGGUUCCGAUGGCAUGGGCAAAGCUGUCGCACUCGAGCUAUCCGCGAAAGGCGCAAACGUCGUCGUGGUUGCGCGCACUGUCUCCAAGCUGUUGACUGCAGUCGAUGAGAUGAAGGUUGGAUAUCCCUCAAAAACAAUUGAUCAAUAUUGCUCACCUAUCAUCCAGACGAAGGCAGCGAAUAUCUUUAAGCAGAAAUUCCACUAUAUCAGCGCUGAUCUCACUGAUCCCGUCGAGUGCGAAAGAGUCAUCGCAGAAGUCACAACGUGGAAUUCUGGAGCUGCUCCUGACGUUGUUUGGUGCUGCGCGGGCUUCUCCCGCCCUGGAUACUUCGUCGAUGUGCCCAUCCAAGAUCACCGGCAGCAAAUGGACACAAUCUAUUGGACUGCGGCCAACACGGCUCACGCAACCUUGCGCAAUUGGCUGAACCCCGUUGCUCCGAGUGGCCAGAUGAAAACACCCCGGAGACACCUCAUAUUUACCUGCUCUACUCUUGCGUUUGUUCCCAUCGCUGGCUAUUCACCGUAUUCGCCUGCCAAGGCAGCCAUUCGUUCUCUAUCCGACACUUUGAGCCAGGAAAUCGAAAUGUACAACGGAGCCUAUACUCAACGGCACCGCAGUGACGCCCCGGCUGCGGAUGUCAAGAUCCACACCAUUUUCCCCAUGGGAAUCCUCUCGCCCGGCUUCGACAACGAGCAAAAGACUAAGCCUGAAUUGACCAAGAAACUUGAAGAAGCCGAUAAGCCCCAGACGCCAUCGGAAGUUGCGCAAAUCUCUAUCCGUGCCCUAGAACGUGGGGAGUACCUGAUCACUACCAAUCUUGUUGGUGCCAUUAUGAAAGGAACUGCCCUUGGGCCCAGCCCGAAAAACAGCAUUGUCGGUGACACUCUGCUCAGCUGGCUUAGCAACCUGGUAUUCCUCCAGGUUAUUCCAGACCUUCGCAGCAAGACGUUCACUUGGGGAAAGCAGAACGGGCUUCCGAGCAAUACUACCAGUUCUCUGGCUUCUUAA